CCAUCACGUACCCUUUGAGGCUCCUAAAUACUCUUCCGAACGCAUGUGACCAGUUGUUGUGUCGCGUGUAACCCAGAUUGACGCAGCGACGGAGGGGCAGCCUGAGGGACCAAACACCUAUUCCUGGGAAGUACUUCCGUGGGUUGCCUCGUAGCAGCACAAGAGGAUAAUGUCUGAGGGCGGCAGUCAGGGCGACGUGGCAAUGAGGGUGGACGCGAACGUCCACAGGCCGGGGAUCACGCCGGAGGAGAUGGCGGCCGGCUACGACGAGUGGUCCGAGAACUACGAGGAGAUGAUGAUCUGGAAAGGCGGGUACCGUGGCCCCGCCAUCACGUUGGAGGAGGCGCUGCGUUGGGUACCCCUGGAGCGGCGAGCCAAGGCCAGGGUGCUGGACGUGGCCGCCGGGACGGGGUGUGUGGGCCGCGAACUCCACCGGGAAGGCUUCAGGCACAUAGACGCUGUGGACCCGUCGGAGGGCAUGAUGAAGCAGCGGGAGACUGGCAUUCAUACCAAUGACUUCCUGGAUUGA